AUGCCUCCUAUCGACAGUGAAACCGGGAAGAAUGAACUUAAAACUCGAAUACAAUCCCUUAUUGACUCAAACCAAGUGGUGGUCUUCAGCAAAAGUUACUGUCCAUAUUGCGUGACGGUUAAAGACUUGUUCAAAGAACUCAAAGUGGAGUGUAAUGUGGUGGAACUAGAUCUCAUGGAGGAUGGUAUCAAUUAUCAGGAGAUGCUACUUGAGAUGACUGGACAAAAAAGUGUGCCUAAUGUCUUUAUCAACAAAACCCAUGUUGGUGGCUGUGACAAGACAAUGCAGGCCCAUAAAGAUGGCAGAUUGCAUCAGUUACUGAAUGGAGAAACUGAAACCUAUGACUAUGACCUUAUUGUCAUUGGAGGAGGUUCUGGAGGACUGGCCUGUUCAAAGGAAGCUGCAAAUUUGGGGAAAAAGGUCAUGGUUUUGGACUAUGUUGUUCCCACGCCAAAAGGAACCACAUGGGGUCUAGGUGGAACGUGUGUGAAUGUCGGCUGCAUUCCCAAGAAAUUGAUGCAUCAGACUGCCUUGCUGGGUACUGCCAUGCAAGAUGCACGAAGGUUUGGCUGGGAAUUCGAUGAAACUGUCAAACACAACUGGGAGAAGAUGAAGACUGCAGUUAAUGACUACAUUGGCUCACUCAACUGGGGCUACAGGGUAGCACUGAGGGACAAGAAUGUCAACUAUGUCAAUGCUUAUGCAGAAUUUGUUGAACCUCACAAGAUCAAGGCAGUAAACAAACGAGGGAAGGAGACAUUUUACACAGCAGCUAAGUUUGUCCUGGCUACAGGUGAACGACCACGUUACCUAGGUGUACCUGGAGACAAAGAAUACUGCAUCACAAGUGAUGAUCUCUUUUCCUUGCCAUACUGCCCUGGGAAGACCCUGGUGAUCGGUGCAUCAUAUGUAGCCUUGGAAUGUGGAGGCUUCCUUGCUGGACUGGGUCUUGAUGUCACCGUCAUGGUGCGCUCUAUUUUGCUGAGAGGCUUUGACCAGGAAAUGGCAGACCGUGCUGGCGAAUACAUGGAGGAACAUGGUAUCAAAUUCAUCCGUAAAUUUGUCCCUGUAAAUAUAGAGGAGUUGGAAGCAGGCAGCCCUGGCAGGUUGAAGGUGACUGCUAAGUCCACAGAAAAUGAUGAGGUCAUUGAGGGAGAGUACAACACUGUGUUAAUUGCUGUGGGCCGAGACGCAUGCACUGACAAGAUUGGCCUAGACAAGAUUGGGGUCAAAGUUAACCCAAAGAAUGGGAAAAUUCCUGUCAAUGAUGAAGAGCAAACUAACGUGCCCCACAUCCACGCCAUCGGAGACAUCCUGGAGGGCAAGUGGGAGCUAACUCCUGUUGCUAUUCAGGCCGGAAAGUUGCUGGCACGCCGUCUUUAUGGGGGUUCAACACUCAAGUGUGAUUACAUCAAUGUCCCCACCACUGUCUUCACACCACUCGAGUACGGCUCCUGUGGUCUGUCUGAGGAGAGAGCCGUAGAGUUGUAUGGGCAGGAAAACCUUGAGGUAUACCACAGUCUCUUCUGGCCUUUGGAGUUCACAGUGCCGGGCAGGGACAACAACAAAUGUUAUGCCAAAAUCAUCUGCAAUAAAUUGGACAACGACCGAGUGAUUGGCUUCCAUUACCUGGGUCCCAAUGCAGGAGAGGUAACCCAAGGCUUUGGUGCAGCCAUGAAAUGUGGUGCGACCAAAGAGCAGCUGGACGGCACCAUUGGCAUCCACCCAACUUGUGCUGAGGUCUUCACGACUUUGGAUGUAACCAAAAGUUCAGGAGGUGACAUCACCCAGGCUGGCUGCUGA